AUUCGGCACCAGUCAUAUAAAUGACAUUCAAAGUAUAACAACAAAAUCAGUUCUCCUUUUGUGAAGUAAGAAAGAAUAUGAUGGCUAAGUGUUUUUUUAAAUUAUUUAUCGCUUUGAUAAUUUGUGCGACAAUUGAAUGUCUUCCUACUAGUGAAUAUGAAGACCCAAGAGCUAUGAUCAAAGCGAAUACUCCGGAAAAUCUUGAAAAACUUAAAACUCUCGGACCAAAUGACUUGGCAGAAGAAUUGAGUGGUCAAUAUCAAGGAGACAUUGUCAUGUCACCAGAAGAAGUUGCCGAGUAUGAAAACAGUCGCAACACUAAAACUGGCUUGAUUGCUACAAGAUAUAGUUGGGCUGGUGGAAUUGUGCCUUACAGAAUUGUUGAGUCUGACUUCACUUUGGAUCAAGUUUCGUAUAUUCAUCGAGGAGCAAGGAGAAUGGAAGAAGUUACAUGUCUUAGAUUCGUUCCCUACGAUCCUAAAGUUCACAACGAUUUUAUUACUGUAACCGGAAGUGGCAGCGGAUGUUUCAGUUCAGUUGGUCGUCGUGGAACUGGAGAACAAAUCUUAAAUUUGCAGCCAAAUAACUUAGAAGUUGGAUGCUUCCGUUUGCACACAAUUAUUCAUGAGUUUAUGCAUGCUGUUGGAUUUUAUCACAUGCAAUCUGCGGCAGAACGUGAUGAGUGGGUGGAGAUAGUUUGGGAUAAGAUUCAAGCUGGUACUGAAGGCAAUUUUGCGAAGCAGUCAGAAACUGUUGUGUCAAACUAUGGUGUGGAUUAUGAUUAUGGCUGCUUUAUAUUAAACAUGGGGAAGGUUUUCUGCUUAGUGAUUUUGUCUUUGAGUUUCCUUGUUGGAAAUAUUUAUUGUAAUCCUAUUGAUGAUAGCAGAGCUUCUUUCAUCAAAGCUAAUACUCCGGAAAACAUCGAGAAAUUGCAAAAUCUUGGAACAGAUGACGUAGCUGAAUUAUACAGCGGUCAAUAUCAAGGAGACAUUGUCAUGUCACCAGAAGAAAUCGCCGAGUAUGAAAACAGUCGCAACACUAAAACUGGGUUGAUUGCUACAAGAUAUAAUUGGGCUGGUGGAAUUGUGCCUUACAGAAUUGUUGAGUCAGAUUUCACUUUGGAUCAAGUUUCGUAUAUUCAUCGCGGAGCAAGGAGAAUGGAAGAAGUUACAUGCCUCAGAUUCGUUCCCUACGAUCCUAAAGUUCACAACGAUUUUAUUACUGUAACCGGAAGUGGCAGCGGAUGUUUCAGUUCAGUUGGUCGUCGUGGAACUGGAGAGCAAAUCUUAAAUUUACAACCAUACGAUUUAGAAGUUGGAUGCUUCCGUUUGCACACAAUUAUUCAUGAGUUUAUGCAUGCUGUCGGAUUUUAUCACAUGCAAUCUGCAGCAGAACGUGAUGAAUGGGUGGAAAUAAUUUGGGAUAAAAUUAGAGCUGGAACUGAAGGCAACUUUAACAAACAAUCAGCUACUGUUGUGUCAAACUAUGGUGUGGAUUAUGAUUAUGGAUCUGUAAUGCAUUACAGUAAAACUGCAUUUUCCAUUGACGGAAGUGACACGAUUGUAGCUCUCAGAGAUUUAAACGGUGAAACCAUGGGACAAAGAGUUCGAAUGAGUGAGAAGGAUAUUUUGAGAUUAAACCGUGCUUAUUGCUAUGAUGUUGAAACCACUCAGGCACCCAUAGUUAACCCUGGGUUAGCUGAGCUAAUUAUGAGUUUCGUCAACAAUAUUAUCAACACUUUGGAUCAAGUUUCGUAUAUUCAUCGCGGAGCAAGGAGAAUGGAAGAAGUUACAUGCCUCAGAUUCGUUCCCUACGAUCCUAAAGUUCACAACGAUUUUAUUACUGUAACCGGAAGUGGCAGCGGAUGUUUCAGUUCAGUUGGUCGUCGUGGAACUGGAGAACAAAUCUUAAAUUUGCAGCCAAAUAACUUAGAAGUUGGAUGCUUCCGUUUGCACACAAUUAUUCAUGAGUUUAUGCAUGCUGUUGGAUUUUAUCACAUGCAAUCUGCGGCAGAACGUGAUGAGUGGGUGGAGAUAGUUUGGGAUAAGAUUCAAGCUGGUACUGAAGGCAAUUUUGCGAAGCAGUCAGAAACUGUUGUGUCAAACUAUGGUGUGGAUUAUGAUUAUGGUUCCGUGAUGCAUUACCCAUCAGUAUCAUUUUCAAUCGAUGGAAGUCCCACCAUUAUUCCACUCAAAGAUUUAAACGGCGAAACCAUGGGACAAAGAGUUCGAAUGAGUGAGAAGGAUAUUUUGAGAUUGAACAGUGCUUAUUGUUCUGACGUUGUUUCUACUGAGGUGCCCAUAGUUAACCCUGGGUUAGCUGGGUUGAUUAUAAAUUUCAUUAACAAUAUUAUCAAUAAUAUUAUGAAUGCAAGGAAUUGAAACAAAUUUUUUUUUAACGCAUAAUAAUUGAAGUGAUAAUUAUUAAAUAAACGAAGAUUUGAAAAAAAAAAAUUUCAUGCGCAUUAAUUUAAU